UCCUAGGAGACUAUGGGCCAUCUGCAAACGGUCCUGAAGCUCUGUCAAGUCACCUGUCUGAUGGAGACCAGACCCAGAGGCUGGACCUAAGCAGUGCCCAGAGGCAGGAUCUAAGUGGUGCACAGAGGCCGGACUAAGCAGUGCACAGAGGCUGCACAGAGGCUGGACCUAAGCAGUGCACAUUCUGCAAAGAAGAGGGUCAGCACAGUCGGCAAGAGCCUGACUCCUCCUCAACAGGACCAAGGGCCACCAUCUAAGGAUGAAGGAACAGUCACCAGGCACAAGCCCUCCUGAGAGGAGACUUGGUGCCACACAGCAGGAAUAAGAAAAUGUGGGCACCUUACGAGACCCUUUGGGGUAACAGAACAGUCAUUUUUCCGACUUUAUGGAUAAGCAAACUGGGUAUGUCACCAAGAACCUGCUGGCAAGCCCGAUUGUGAUGGGAAAGGAGGUCCUUGCUGUGGUCAUGGUGGUAAACAAAACCAACGCUCCUGAGUUUUCCAAACAGGAUGAGGAGAUCUUUUCCAAGUACCUCAGCUUUGUUGCUGUCGCCCUAAGGACGCAGCACACCAGUUACCUGUACAGUGUGGAGUCCCGGAGAAGCCAGAUCCUUAUGUGGUCGGCCAAUAAAGUGUUCGAGGAGCUCACCGAUGUUGAGCGGCAGUUCCACAAAGCGCUGUACACCAUCAGAACAUACCUGAACUGCGAGCGCUACUCCAUUGGUCUCCUGGACAUGACCAAGGAGAAGGAAUUUUAUGAUGAGUGGCCAAUCAAGCUUGGAGAAGUUGAGCCUUACAAAGGACCAAAGACUCCAGACGGCAGGGAAAUCAUCUUUUAUAAAGUCAUCGAUUACAUUUUACACGGAAAAGAAGAGAUCAACGUGAUUCCGUCCCCUCCUGCAGACCAUUGGACGCUCCUCAGUGGACUGCCGACAUAUGUUGCUGAAAAUGGAUUCAUCUGCAACAUGCUGAAUGCCCCUGCAGACGAGUACUUCACAUUCCAGAAAGGACCGGUAGAUGAAACUGGCUGGGUCAUUAAAAACGUCUUGUCCCUGCCUAUCGUUAACAAGAAAGAAGACAUUGUGGGAGUGGCUACAUUUUACAACAGGAAGGACGGGAGGCCCUUUGAUGAGCAAGAUGAGUACAUCACCGAGACUUUAACCCAGUUUCUUGGAUGGUCUCUCCUAAACACUGACACCUAUGAGAGACUGAACAAACUGGAAAGCCGGAAGGACCUUGCUCAGGAAAUGAUCAUGAGCCGCACAAAAGCCACCCCCGAUGAAAUCGGCUCUAUUUUGAAAUUUAAAGAGAAGUUCCACGUAGAUGCAAUUGAAGAGUGUGACGAAAGGCAGCUCCUGGCCCUGUUGAAGGAGGACUUGCCGGACCCAAGUGCGGCAGACCUGUACGAAUUCUGCUUCAGCGACUUUCCCAUUACGGAGCACGAGCUGGUUAAAUGCGGGCUGCGGCUGUUUUUCGAGAUAAACGCGGUGGAGAAAUUCAAAGUACCAGUAGAGGUUCUUACGAGGUGGAUGUACACUGUGCGGAAAGGGUACCGCCCUGUCACCUACCACAACUGGCGGCAUGGAUUCAAUGUGGGGCAGACCAUGUUCACGCUGUUGAUGACAGGGCGACUGAAGAAAUACUACACAGACCUUGAAGCAUUUGCCAUGCUCGCGGCUGCUUUCUGCCAUGAUAUCGACCACAGAGGCACCAAUAAUUUGUACCAAAUGAAGUCCACAUCUCCACUUGCAAAGCUUCAUGGGACUUCCAUUUUAGAGCGACAUCACCUGGAAUACAGCAAGACUCUCCUGCAGGAUGAGAGUUUAAACAUCUUCCAGAACCUAAACAAGCGGCAGUUUGAAACAGUGAUCCAUUUGUUUGAGGUUGCAAUCAUAGCGACUGACCUGGCGUUGUAUUUCAAGAAGAGAACCAUGUUUCAGAAGAUUGUUGACGCCUGUGAGCAGAUGCAAAGCGAAGAAGAAGCCAUCAAAUACGUAACCGCCGACCCAACCAAAAAGGAGGUCAUUAUGGCCAUGAUGAUGACUGCCUGCGACCUGUCUGCCAUCACCAAGCCCUGGGAGGUACAGAGUCAGGCAACACUUCUGGUUGCAAAUGAAUUUUGGGAACAAGGCGACUUGGAAAGGACAGUGCUGCAGCAGCAACCGAUUCCUAUGAUGGACAGAACCAAAAAAGAUGAACUCCCCAAACUUCAAGUGGGAUUUAUUGAUUUUGUUUGUACUUUUGUAUAUAAGGAGUUCUCCCGCUUCCACACAGAGAUUACGCCCAUGCUGACCGGCCUUCAGAAGAACAGGGUCGAAUGGAAAUCGCUCGCAGAGGAGUACGAGGCCAAGGUGAGGGUGGCGGAAGAGGAGGCAGGGAAGCAGGAAGAAGGAGCCACGGAUGAGAAAGCUGCCACAGAUUUCGGAGGUAGCACCGAAGACAAAAAGUCCAAAACGUGCUUAAUGUUGUAAUAUGAUCCAGCUGGUCGAUAUUUCAAGUAUCGUCUUAGUUUCCAUGAAAAAAUAUUCAGAGGAACCUCGCUGUAGCCCUGCAGUAACAGAACAGCAACAUCUCCAGGAACACUGCCCUGUGACUAUCCACAGCAUAUACUGUUGACCUGGAAACCCCACGAGCUAAAUAAAGUUCAAUCAAAGAACAAAAUAUAACAAAAGCAAUGCAUUUUAUGCCAGUUUCUCUUAAAUUAAAAAA